AUGAGUGGAACGUAUCUCAGUUUAGCAAAGGAUAUCUACAUUGAAUUGAAUGAAGCACAUCCAUUGGAUAUGAAAGGACUUCAUGAUAUUUACCUACCUGAAUUACAUACUGGAAGACCAAUUAACAUUGAUUAUGUUGAUGAUCGAAUUGGUACACCAUAUGUUCGUGUGAAUCCUGAACGGAUCAAAGGAAUCGUUCUAACGAAUAAGUUCGACUCAUCCAAGGGAUUCAAAGAACCUGAUGAAGCAAGUUUUAAAAUUGCUAAUCAUAUUCUCGACUUUAUUCUUCAUGAAGUUGAACAUGGAAGAAUUCCGAAGGGUUUACUUCCAUUUCAAUCCGGUGUUGGAAAUGUAGCGAAUGCAGUGCUAGCUUGUAUAGCGAAAGAUAAUCGCUUCAAAUCAAUUGAAAUGUACACCGAAGUUAUUCAAGAUUCGAUCUUUGAUCUAUUAGAUAGUGGAAAACUUCGGUUUGCAUCAACAACUGCAUUGACCUUUUCACCAGAAGGCCAAACACGAUUCUUCAAGGAAUUGAACGAACUCAAAUCAAAAUUUAUUCUACGACCAAUGGAAAUUUCAAACAAUCCCGAAGUCAUUCGUCGAAUGGGCUUGAUUACAAUGAACACAGCACUGGAAGCUGAUAUCUAUGGAAAUGUCAAUUCCACACAUGUUUUAGGUUCAUCGAUGAUGAAUGGAAUUGGUGACAGUGGGGAUUUUAAACGGAAUAAGUAUAUCUCCAUCGUCAUGGUUACUGGAUGUGCAAUCUUUAACAGAAGCUCGUACCAAUAA